AUGUCGAUUGGUGUCUGUGAAGAUGCUGAAACAGCAACGGAGACACAGAUGUGCAAUCUGGGAUGCUAUUCUGCAAAACCUGCAAGAAAAAUGCUAAAACAACACAAAAAAAGUUUAAAACUAGGGACUUGGGAUCCCACUGGGAAUGCCAAAAUGAAGAGUUCUAAAAAUCAAAGUGCAAUGGUUGGUUAUAGACAUUUUGACACAGCAAGGGUCUACGGAUCAGAGCAUGCACUAGGGAAAGCUCUGAAUUCAGCUUUUCAGAGUGGGCUUGGAAUGGAGCAGUGCAUGGAGAUGGGGCUUACCAAAGCCAUUGGGGUUAGUAACUUUUCCUCUAAGAAAAUCGAAGACUUGCUGAAACAUGCCAAGAUUCCUCGUGUUGUUGAUCAGGUGGAGAUGAAUCCAAAUUGGCAGCAAAAGAAGUUGAGAGAUUAUUGCAGCAAGCAUAAUAUUCAUGUCAUUGCGUGGUCUCCUCUAGGAGCUCCAAAUACUCCAUAG